AUGGCGCAGCCUCCGGUGAUGCCGCUCCUUCAACAGGAGGGAAAUGUAAGAAUUUUUAUUGUUUUAGUGAUCUAAAUUUAGGCUUUUAAUUCUACUGGUGCUUAAUGGUGUUAUCCUUGAAAUUUUCAGGUAUAUGUUGGCCCGGGAGCGAAGAAGGACGCUCAGGUUAUUGGAUUGGGUCUUGUCCGUCUGACGAGUCGGCAGCGGGAUGAUCUCGAACGGGCAAAGAGGUAUGCCAUGGACAUCUCAAUUCGGAGUGUCCUGAUGAAACAACAGAUCACUCAUCAACAAACGGUAAGAGUUUGCAUCUUCUUCGUUCUGAAUUUAGAUGAAAGAAGUGGAAAAAUUAGCUGCAAAAACAUUUAGGGGAAAUAUAAUUCAUAUUUUUUUUAUUUUUGGAGGCCAUCGAAAAUCAGUUGGUAUUCGAAAAUUAGGAAGUAGAAUGUAAAAAGAACGCUUUUGUUGGAUAGAACGAUCUUCUAGCUAAGUUUUGAUGUAAAAUACAUAUACGAUUCUUCAACGUUUACUUCGGAAUACCAAUUUUUUGAUCUCCUUCCCCAUCAUUCUCUAACCCAUUCGAAAAAUCGUGUGACUUUUCAGAAAACGAUGUGGAAAGGUUGUCUGUGGUAUUAUUAGUUGAAGUAUGACUGUGUGAUGCUCUGAAUAUGUGUUUUUAAUUUGGUUGAUACCGUUUUUGUUGUUUAUGAGCUCAUUUUCCGAAGGGUUUUUGCUUUGGCCAUAGAUAAUAUAAAUUUGAUUUUUUGGAUACCGAGUGUCUUUUUUCUUGACGUAGAUGUGUAUAUGCAGCACAUUUGGGGCCUGUAGAAUAUGCUGGUGCAAAAUUUAGUAUGUAAUAUCACUGUAACUUUAUCAAAUCGCACUUUCUACGUUAUCCAUUUCAGCAACAAAAACUGGCCAUGUACACACAGGCGCUGAGUUUGAUGGCGCGCGUCUACAUCGGAUCGAUCAGUUUCGAGGUUCGAGAAGAGAAUAUCAAGCAGGCUUUUUCAGUGUUCGGCCCCAUCAAGAGCAUCAACAUGAGCUGGGAUGUGGCGACCGGUGUAAGUUCAAUAUAAAUGGUGUUUGUGAAGAGCUGCGUUUACCCUGACUAAUGAAUCGAAUAUUUUUAGCAUCAUAAAGGUUUUGCUUUCUUAGAGUUUGAAGUUCCAGAAGCCGCACUACUCGCGCAGGAAUCGAUGAACGGCAAAUUGAUGGGCGGAAGGAAUCUAAAGGUGAGAUUUUUAUAUUUUUUGUUGGCUUUUAGAUUCCAUGAAGGCAGAAAAUCGAUUGAAAUUGCCAAUGAAGGUUUUGACGAGCUACCGAGUUUGUCGAAUGUUGAUUUUUGACAAAAAGCUGUGCUUUUUAUAUUGCACUAGACAUCAAAGUCAAAAAUUGAUGAUUUUUGAUGCUUUUGAAAGCGAAACCGCAAAUUUUUGUAUCGAUUAUUAAAGAGAAUUUCUAUAAGACCCUAGGAAGUUCAAAAUUCAGUACUUUGUUUCGGAUAUUAUACCACUACCAUCAAAAACAAUUUUUUUGGUAUUGUCGACUAAAGUCGAAACUUUUAGAAAAUUUAGGAGUAAGUGAUACAAAAAAGUUGAAGACUGGUCUAAUUAUCCCGUUUUCAGGUCGGACGACCCUCCAACAUGCCUCAGGCACAGCCAAUAAUCGAAAUGGUCACACAGGAGGCCAAGGAAUAUCACCGCGUGUAUGUGGCCUCAGUGCAUCCGGAUCUCAGCGAACAAGACUUGCGGUCGGUUUUUGAGGCCUUCGGAGUGAUUACGAGGGUACAAUUGGCCAAACAACCCAAUGGAAAAGGUCAUCGGUGAGAGCAGUUUUUUGAUUUUUUUUUUGAAAUUUAGGAAAGCAAAAUGGAAGGAGAAGACUGGAAUUGAGCUUUUUGGAGAGGCUAUGGUGCUGAUUGACAUGAUAGUUGUAGUCUUUUUGUCCAUUUUGACUAAAAUUAUAUUGUUUUAGACAAAAAAAGGAUUUUGGGGAAAAACUUAUAUUUUGAAGGGGUUUAAUGGUGGUACGACUGUUGUAAAUUAUUGGAAAUGCCCUCAGGGUAGUUUUACAUUGAGAUGGAUUGUUUUUUCCCAGAAAAAAUUACAUUUCUCUCAAUUUCCAGAGGCUUUGGCUACAUUGAGUUCACAAGUGCCCAAGCGGUUCGAGAAGCCAUCGAAGGAAUGAAUAAUUUUGAUCUGGGUGGCCAAUACCUUCAGGUCGGAAGGUGCAUCACUCCACCAGAAGCCCUAACGUACAUUGUGCCCACCAACACAACGACGCUUCCGACUGCCGCAGCGGUCGCUGCAGCUGCCGUUACAGCGAAAAUUCAGGCUCAAGAAGUGGUUGGAAGCUCGGUAAGGAGUUUGAAAAGAGUUUGGGGGUUUUAAAAAAGAUUUUGUGGAUUUUUUUAUAUUACACUUGAUAUCAGAUGUCAAAAAAUGCGGUUUCACCUUGAAUUGAUCGGAUUUGAUGGGGUUUCGGGACGCUUUUAGAUGUAAUAGGGUAGUUAAUAGGUUUUUAGAGUUGGUUUCAGGCUUUUGGAGUGGUUUGGGAUAUUACUUUAGGCAACUUUGAUAAAAUUUUAAAAUUUUUUUGAAUUUUUUUUUUUGCUUAUUUGUUCAUGAGUUAUGAGCCUUUGAGGAAGUUUUAGUGAUUUUAUUUAUUGACAGUAGUUGAUUUUCCAACUUUUCUAAGCAGUUUUUAUAUUGUUUUAGGCGUUUUGUUGAUUUUUUGGUAUUUGUGGGGCAAUUUUUGAUGGUUAUUGUGAAUAAUGGACGUUUUCAGACCGCCGGCGCUCCCCUGGCCAUCACCGCCACCGCCCACUCACCGUCGCCGCACUCAAAAGGUUUAUUAAAUUCGUAUUUAAAAAAUUACUUGUGAAAAUGUAGAUAGUAGACGUUUAUUUGCCGUAUUUUUGGGGUCGUGGAGAAGUUUUAAGGAGAUUUGCGUUUAUUUUGAACAAUUUUUAGUCGUAUUUUAGCCAAAAUUUUUAAAUUUUGACCUUGUUUUAGACGAUUUUUGGGUAUUUUUUAAAAUUUUUCUCCAUAAUCUCGUAAAAUACGGCCGGUAUUUAUUAUAACCAACCGAAAUGAACUCAAAGUGUCGUAGUAGGCUGAGCUGUAGGCCCAUUUCCGUCAAAUUGUAAUUCGGAUUUUAAUUAAAUUUUGAGAUUUUUUGAUUUUUUUUUUGCAAUUUUUUGUGAUUUUUUCAAAAAUUUUUGGAUUUUUUUGGACUUUCGGGCCAGCCCUAGGUGACUGCAAAAGUUUUGAGCAUCCCAAUUUUUUCAAUUUCCGCUUUUCCCGCAUCUUUUUUUCGUAUUCAACUACAUUUUUUUACAUUUCCAGGUGUAAAAUUGUCGCCCAGUUCUUCUUCAUUUUUCUUAUUUUCAGGCCACCCAGUUGCAGAAUGCCGAGCGGACACGAACGCUUUUGUUUUGGUAUGGCUUCGGGCCUUUUUUAUUCGCACAGUUUUGGCGGGAAAUUUGAAUUUUUGAACGGGUUUUUUUGGCAAGGAAAGUACUUGUAUGGGGUAUGGAGUUACAGGUCGAGACAUGUAUCAAAAAAUUCGCUAAGUUUUUCUGAUUCAGAAUGUGUAAAAGUUAGCUGCCCAAUUUUGGUUUGUAAGGGCGAAAACCCCAUCAUAACUUUUCUCGCAACACCACGGAAAUGCUUUUUUGACCAAGUUUUUACCAAUUCAAAGGCUUUGUUUUGAGCUAAAGUAAACCCUGGCAUCUUGACAAGCCUUGAAAUGUCAAAUUUGAUGAAUACUACACCUUAAUUAACAGUUCCAAUAUAAAAUUAAGGUGUAGUAUUCAUCAAAUUUGAUAUUUCAAACCUUGUCAAAAGGCUUGUCAAGAUGCCAGGGUUUACUUUAGCUCAAAACAAAGCCUUUGAAUUGGUCAAAACUUGGUCAAAAAACAUUUACGUGGUGUUGCGAGAAAAGUUCUGAGGGUUUUUCGCCCUUCCAAACCAAAAUUGGGCAACUAAUUUUUACAUAUUCCGAAUCAGAAAAAUUUUGCGAAUUUUUUGAUAUAUGUCUCGACCUGUAACUCCAUACCCCAUAGACUUUCCUUGUCAAAAAAUCUCCAAUUUCCGCCGUUAUUUUUGCCAAUUUUGCCGAAUAAGAGUCCAUAAUGUCUAUUAGAGUCUGUUUGAUAUGAUUUUUCGCCAUCCCCCACCCCCUCAUGCCCGUAGGGCCUUGUAAUGCUCAAAACUUUUGCAGGUCCCGGAACCGAGUUGCUGGCCCGCCAUCGGACAUUCGCCGGGCCUGCGUGUGGUGCGGAGGCCCGGAAUGACUGGUUUGGCACAAAAAAUCGCAAUUUGAAAAAUGAAAAUCGACCAAAAGGUUGGGAAAUUCGCGUCCAACGAAUUGCCCCCGAUUUGAGGCGAUGGGCCUAGUUCAUAGGUAAAAUCGGACGUCCAGAGAAUGAAUAACCCAAUUUCAGAGCGACGAGAUCGAAGCCGAACCCCGGAGCGACGCCGAAGAGAUAGAGACCGGAGCCGCGAAAGGGAGCGCCACCGACGAGAGGAGAAGGAGAAAAAGGAGGAAAAAAAGGAAACGACCGGUCGAAGAAGAGGCUUUGGCGGAUUCGCCGCAGCCCCAUCCCCUCAAGUGGUGGAUCCCCUGGCCCUACCACCCCCCUCGAUUGUGGAUCCGUACGCAAAUGUGCGCCGAGAACAUUCCACUAGCCUCCCACAGCCGACCCUCGCAACUCCCGCCUUUGUGCCCCCGACUACGACCCAACCGAGCCUCGCCCAGCCGGCUCUGGCCCAACCAGGACUUGUCCAGCCCUCCGUGAGCCAGCCGACCCCACUCCAGCCAUCGCCGCGCAAAAAUGAACAGGCCUUGCAUCAGGCGGGUGAUGGAGAAUAUAACUCCCAUAGCGGAUUCACCCAACCCCCACCCCCUCCAGAAUCCCCACCAGAGUCGGAGGAGAGCGAUGAAGAGCCGGCGGCCAAGUUCCAGCCACGGGAAUCCAGCCCAAUCCCCGCGGAACUCUUUUCUGCCGCACCCAUCCACCAUGAGGAAGAUGAUGAACCGAUCCCGAAAAAACCCCGCCCCACCGGAAGCUUUGUACCCCUGGCCACGGAGAGUGUCCCAGUCAAGCAGGAGAAACCAAAACGAGAUUUGAUUUCGAGGAUCAAAAUUAAACAUCAACAUAAUCCAAUGCAGAAGGCCACUUUUGGCCCAUUGACGGAUACCAACUUGACAUUCGAGGAAGAAGGUAAGAAAUUGGAGUGGAUAAAAGGAUUGGAAGAAAUUUUCGAAUGGAAAGUUCGUUACUGACGAGUCCCCGCACUCUUAGCUUAUCCUUAUAGCUUAUAAACUAAUUCUCAGUACGUCGAAACGGGACGAAACUGGCUGUUUUUAUUAUAAGUUUCGACUUCAUAAGUAGGAGCUUUGAAACUAUAUUUACAGGGGAAGUACUCAAAGUGCGACGCCCAGAUUUUGAUGAAACUUGGCACAAAUUUGGAAAAAUUUUUUCUAAGGUAUAUGCGAGAAUACUAGCUGGCGCUUUGCAGAAACAACCGAGAUUUUUAGAUGGAAAGUCGGCCAAAAUUUAUGACUUUUAGCCGAAUUUUGGCACGAAAAGUUUCAUGCCGAUUUCUACCGUAAAGGAUAAUGUUUCUACAAAAAAUCAAAUUGUCCCGCACGAAACUUCCAAAGUUAUGGCCAAAAAGCGGUUUUCUCUCUGACCGCUCUCCACGUUUAGCGUGCUCUCUCGGCGGCAAAAAUCGUUCGAUAUCUCGGCGGAGCCCGCAAAGCGCGAGCUAAAACUUUCAGGAAUUGAUAUUUAGUCCAUACCCGACGCGUGUGCAAAAUUUAAAGAAAAUCUGAGCGUCGCACUUGGAGUACUUCCCUUGUAAAUAUGGUUUCAAAGCUACUGCUUGUGAAGUCGAAACUUAUAAUAAAAACAGCCAGUUUCGUUCCCUUUUCGCCGUACUGACUGACUGUUUAUAAGCUAUAAGAUAAUAAGAAAAGUUUCCUCAUUUUUGAUGCCAAAAAAAGGUUUUUAACCCGAUUUUUAUGGCUGAUAUUGAUGUCGUAAACAUUGCAGAGGAGAAGAAACCCAAUCAUCCCACAUUGGCGAUCACGAAUGGCCAUCAAUCCAACGCUCUGGCACUCCUCAACGACAACAAUCUUCAAGUUGCGACCCAAAAAGCCAACGAAAAGAGCGAAAAGAAGAAGAAGACGGCGGUGGCGGCGGGCGUGGAAAAGAAGCGACCCAAGAUCCAGAAGCCGAAAAAGGAGCGCAAACCCAAGCUGAACACGGCCAGCGCCAUGGCCGCCGUCCACAAGGCCGGCGCCAUCAACGAAAAGGUCCAACAACAGCUGCAAAACAACGAAGAAGCCUCGUUAUCAUCGAUGGAGCAUGUGGAAAUCCGCGGCAAUGACGCCCGACACAUGCUCAUGCACAAGUUGAUGAGGACCAACAGGAGCUCGGUGAUUGUGAUGAAGAAUAUUGCAACGGAAGUGGACGAGUUUUUGGAGGAGGACAUGAGGGAAGAGUGCGGGAAAUAUGGAACUGUAACUAAUGUGAGUUCGUUUGUGGAAGUUUUGGGCCAAAAAUUAUAUUGUAGUAGGUAAAAGUUUUGAUUUUUUUUGGAGAUUUGAGGUUGUUUAGGGGAGAAAUUCGAAUAGAAAUGAAGUUAGGAGGUGGUUGAAGAGCUGUGGACAAAGAUUGAAGGGAUUUUUGAGAAAAAAAUUAUAUUGUAGUAGGUAAAAGUUUUGAUUUUUUUGGGGAUUUGAGGUUGUUUAGGGCAGCGAUUUGAUUGGAAAUGAAGUUAGGAGGUGUUUGAAGAGCUGUGGACAAAGAUUGAUGGAAUUUUUGAGAAAAACUUAUAUUGUAGUAGGUGAAAGUUUUGAUUUUUUUGGAAAUUUGAGGUUGUUUAGGGGAGAAAUUCGAAUAGAAAUGAAGUUAGGAGGUGGUUGAAGAGCUCUGGAUAAAAAAUGAAGGGAUUUUUGAGAAAAAAUUAUGUUGUAGUAGGUAAAAAUGGAUGAAUUUUCGGAGGAGGAUGGAUAUGAGGGAAAAGUGCGAUAAAUAUGGAACUGUAACUAGUGUGAGUUCAUUUGAGACGGUUUUCGAUCAAAAAACUUGAGUUUUGAAGCGGUUUUGAACAAAAAAUUAUUUAUAUUGUAGUAGGUAUAAGUUUUGAUUUUUUUGGAGGUUUCAGGUUCUCUAGGGGAGCGAUUCGGUUAGAAAUGAAGUUGGGAGGUGUUUGAAGAGCUGUGGACAAAGGUUGAAGGGAUUUUUUAGUAAAAAUUAUACAGGGUGUCCAGAGAAAUGUGCCGGAAAGUUUUUGUCGAUUUCUUGGCGCUCAAUAAAGAUAUCCGAAAAAUUCUUUUUGCAGGAUAAAGAAGAAUUUGGGCGGUUUUUUGUCCGAAAGAAACAUUUUUUCCGCCAGCGCGGAAAGAAGUGUAUUCGGCGGAGACUUUUGAUCGCUUUUUCGGCCAUCACACCAAUUUUAAACGCUUUAUUAUGAUGCUGAAACUUCCGGAAAGUCUUCAAAUUUUUGACGCAAUAAAUCACACAGACAGCGACAUCGCAAUGCGAUCCCAUAUAGCGACUGCACGGUGCAGCCUGUCGCUGCAACACCGAUAAAGUUCGAGUGCACCGUGCGGAGGUUUGAAACAGCAAGGCAAAAGGAAACUUGAACAAAAAAUAUUUUGUUGUUUUCUGGUGCACCAAGUGGUUUUCCGAUGGCUUAGCUUCUGCCAAAGCUUGGUGACAAAAUUUUCGAAGGCAUACGAAGCCAGCAGGGUGUUCUAGCCAGGCCAUAAAAAUUGUGUUGGACCAUGUCUUGUCCGCAGCUGAGUUAUGGCCUCCGCCGAUUCGGCGAGCGUCCGCCAUACCUUCGCCGAACACUUGGUAAACAUGAAAAUAUGCAAAUAUCUUUGCUUCAACCAUCAAACUUCAUAAUAAAGCGUUUAAAGUUGGUGCGAUGAUCAAAAAAGCGAUCAAAAGUCUCCGCCGAAUACACUGCCUUCCGCGCUGGCGGAGAAAAUGAUUCUUUUGCACAAAAAACCGCCCAUAUUCUUCUUUAUCCUGCAAAAAGAAUUUUUCGGAUAUCUUGAUUGAGCGCCAAGAAAUCGACAAAAACUUUCCGGCACAUUUCUCUGGACACCCUGUAUUGUAGUAGGUAAAAUUUUUUUGAUCUCUUGACCGAUUUGGGUUUGUUGAUGAAACGGGUUGAUUAAAAGUGGGGUCAGGAGACGUUAGGAAAGCUGUAGAUGAAAAAUUAGAGGGAGUUUUGGAUAUAAUUUAUAUUGUAGUAGGCAUCAAUUUUUGGCUUUGUAUAAUCAAUUUUUAUCUCCCAAAUUUUCAGGUAGUGAUAGUGGAAGAGAAGGAGGCCUCUCAAAUUCGUAUUUUUGUCCGUUUCGCCGACCCCACGCAAGCCGAGGCCUGUCUGAAGGUGAUGAAUGGACGGUGGUUUGAUGGCCGACAAAUCGAGGCCAAGUCCUACGAUCAAAUCCUCUUUGAACACGACGAUUUCAGCGGCUGA